GGCCCGAGAUCAAGAGAGACUGUGACAAGUAUGUCAAGGAGAAUGGAAAACUGACUGAGGGACAGGUGAUGUCAACAAAAGGGUACAAGCUUCCCUGCAAGAUGGUGGUGCAUGCCGUGGGUCCACAGUGGAUUGCAGGAGAGGAGGACUCCAGAGAAAAAGUUUUGAUGCAGGCAGUGGAAAAUGCCCUACUGGAGGCCAGAGACCACCACAGCAUCGCCAUACCUGCCAUCAGUUCUGGUAUCUUCGGCUACCCAAUCAAGCCCUGUGUUGCCACUAUUGUAGCAGCUGUGACAACAUUCUUCAACAACAACCGUGACUGUACUCUGUCUGAAGUUUACUUCACAGAAAUGGAUCCAAAAAAGACUGAUGCCUUCAAAGGCGAAUUCUUGAACCGAUUUGGCAGAGACAAAGUAACACUGUCGGACUGCACAGCCACCUCUCCAUCAAGACCUACACCCCUUCCCAGAACAGCUGGAGAUGCUGCUUCAGGGACUGAUGGUCCCAGCAAUGCUUUAACCACUCCAGAGGGAAUCACUAUCCUACUGAAGAAAGGGGACAUAACUGCUGAGAAGGCCGAUGUCCUUGUGAACACCACAAGCAAUGACCUUGACCUUUCCCAGGGCGGUGUUGCGAAAGCCUUUGGUCAGGCUGGAGGACAAGAACUACAACAGCUCUGUAAGGACCAUGGCAAGGCCGAUGCAGGAGAUGUAGUGAUUACCCAAUCUGCCGGGACCCUCAGGUGUAAAGAGGUGUACCAUGGUGUCCUACCCCACUGGCAAGAGUCUGACCAGCCCCUAAGAACGAUGGUGCAGGAAUGUCUGGAGUCAGCUGACAAUGACGGUCACACCUCCAUUGCGUUUCCUGCCAUGGGCACAGGGAACCUGAAGUACCCACGUGGACUGGCUGCCAGCUGCAUGUAUGAUGAGAUCCUGUCCUUCAGCCAAUCCAACCCUGGAACAACUCUCAAGGAUGUGAGGAUCAUUGUGUUUGACCAGCCAACAGUCCAGGCUUUUGAAACAGAGCUGAGGGUCAGACAGGGGGUGCCGGGAGCAGCCAAAGGUUCAGGUCCAUACUCUGCAGUGACCACCCCCAAGCCUGGUCAGCAGCAGAUGACCAUUGGCAGUGUGACUGUCCAGAUUCAGGGAGGUGACCUCACCACUGAGAAUGUGGACUGUAUUGUCAAUGUUAGCAGCAAAGAUUUAGAUUUAAGUGGUCCCAUGGCAAAGGCUAUCUGUCAGAAGGCAGGACCCAGUGUAGCGACAGAGUGUCAACAGUUCAUCAAAAAGAACGGGCAGCAGGACCAUGGGGCUGUGGUAUUGACAGGUGCGGGUAAGCUGCCAUACAAAGGCAUUCUCCACCUGACACACCCCAAUGCAAAUGUCCUCAAGAAAAGCAUCAAGACCUGUCUCCAGGUGGCUGAUAAGAGAGGCUUCAAAUCGAUCGCUUUCCCUGCAGUUGGAACAGGUGGAUUUAAAAUCAGCCCUGACCAGGCAGCCAGUCUCAUGAUGGACGGGGUUGCAGACUUUGCCCAGCAGGGAGCACCCACCUCCCUCACCACAGUCAGGAUCACAGUGUUCCAGCAGCAGAUGCUGCAGAACUUCCACUCAGAGAUGGACAGGAGGGCUCAGGGCUUGGGACACAAGACCAAGAGGUUCAGUGCAGUCAAAAGCAGGUUCAAAAAAGUUGCCCGUUCCCUUGGCAAAAAGAGUCGUGUGGCAAAGAUCCUUGGAUUAACCUCAUUUGACGGGAAGCACAGUGUGGGGGACUCAGCAUCAACACCCAAGCCUCUCCUUCUCCAGUUCUUUGGCACAGGCAGAACUGUGGGCGUGGCCAAGAAGAGAGUCCAAGAAACCAUGGAUGGAAACUUUAAGGAGGAGAAGAUUGACGACCUUGCGGUGUUGCAGCUGUCACGUGAUGAGGUGGACAUGUUGAAGGUGUACGGACACCAGAACAGCGUGUCAGUCAAAGUUGACCGUCACUGCAUCACUAUCCAAGGCAUCACAGACGUGACCACAGUUGUGAACAAAGUCUGGGAAGUCCUGCAUGCCAAGAAAGAGGAGGCCAGAAAAAUGGAGCAGGCUUUGUCUCUGCAGAAGGACAUCUCAUGGCACUAUGAGAAGCCAGAUGGUACAUAUGCAGCCUUUGACCCCCUCAUCAACUUACAAAUAGAAGAAGCCUACAGGAAGAACAGGAAAGGGAAGGUUCAGUAUGAGGAUGAUGUAGGUCAGUGUGAGAUUGACUUCAGCACCAUGAAGGAAAAGGCAUCUGGACAGACAUCAAAUGUUCGCAGGGAUGAUCGGAAAGCUUCAGCAGUGACCAGUGCAGUUCCCUCUCACUGGGAUCCUCAGCCGACAGACCCAAAGUCCAAGAAACCCAAGCUGUGCCACCUUGUGAAGUUAAAGUCAUCCUCUACUGAGUACAAUACUGUGAGCAGGAAGUUCGGGCUUGGAAACAUUGUGAGCAUUGAGAGGGUUCAGAACCCAACACUGUGGAGCCAGUACUGUGCACAGAAGCAGAAAAUCAGCCUGAAGAACCCUGGAAUAAAUAUUGAGCAGGAGCUGUGGCAUGGGUCCUCAGCUGAUUCCUGUGUCAAGAUUUACCACAACGGUUUCAACAGGAGCUAUGCAGGUGUCCAUGGUGUGGCUAUUGGCAAAGGGACCUACUUUGCUGUGAAUGCUUCUUACUCAGCCCAAGGCAGUUAUUCCAGUCCUGAUCCCAGUGGACACAAGAGGCUGUUCUUGGCCAAGGUGCUGACCGGACUGUCCACACCAGGGAACUCUAGCAUGAUCGUCCCCCCACCCAGACCAGGGGGAGGCCCACUGGACACUUAUGACUCCACCAGUGGUGGUAACAUUUUCUGCGUGUUUCACGAUGCACAGGCAUAUCCAGAGUACCUGAUCACAUUCACUUGAGUCAUGGUGUACAUGGGCUCUACAUCCUGGCAAUGCUUAACGGUAAAUUUGGGAGGACAGAUACCGCUUAACAGUAAAUUCACGCAGGCUGGCAACGCUUAACAGUAACUUGUCUUGUAUAAGGCUUUGGAAGCAGCUUCCUUUGAAUGUUUUUUGAUUUUAUUCAUUUGCUGUCUGACAAAACUAUUCUGCAGACCAUGGAUGCUCUGUUAUAAAUUUUGCAGUAAUCUGCGUUCGACUACACGAUACAAAGAAGUUUCAAUUAUGAUUAACAAUGAAUUCAGGAUAAGAAAUAACGCAAAACAAGCAGUUAUGUUUAAGACUUUCCAACAGCACUUAACGUUAAAGCAGCCAUGCAGCUAGGAUUAAUGGGAAUUAAAGUAGCUUGCUACGCUUCACGGAAAAUGGCAAAUUACCAAGUUGGAACUUAUGACAAGGAUAAUGAUUUAAUCAGUAUUUAGUAUCAUGGCUUUUAAUUGUAUCAUGUUAAAAUGAUAUCCCAGAAAAUGAGGCCAAAGAAAAUGUAUGUUAAAAAAAGGCAAGACCGCGAGCUAAUAAACAGAGCUUAGCACAUUUGUUGUAACCUCCUUUAACCUUUGUCUGUCAGGUGACUUUCAUCUGCCACUUAAACCAAAAACAAAAAACAAAAAAAACAUUUUAUGUAAAGAGAUCUCUGAUGCAACACCUAAGGUAUGCACACUUUAGAUAUGCAGAGUGCACACCUGAGGUAAUUUCCAUUAAAAUAUCUGUAAAUGUGCACAGUCACAGUUUCUCAGACAAGUCUACUGGUGGAUAAAGGUUAGUGCAAGUUGCAAUCUUUUUUUAAGAUUUUACAUAUUUUUAAGAUGAAAACAUUCCUGUAAAUCAGAUCUUCUAAUGGAUAUGUUAUACAAAUUUCUUAUUAACUUU